CUUCGCAAAAGUGGAGUGGGCAACAUAUUCAUUAAAAAUUUGGAUAAAUCCAUUGAUAACAAAGCACUGUAUGACACGUUUUCUGCUUUCGGCAACAUCCUUUCAUGUAAGGUGGUUUGUGAUGAGAAUGGCUCCAAGGGUUAUGGAUUUGUACAUUUCGAGACACAGGAAGCAGCAGAACGAGCUAUUGAGAAAAUGAAUGGGAUGCUGCUGAAUGAUCGCAAAGUAUUUGUUGGACGAUUUAAGUCUCGGAAGGAACGAGAAGCAGAACUUGGAGCAAGGGCAAAAGAAUUCACCAAUGUUUACAUCAAGAAUUUUGGAGAAGACAUGGAUGAUGAGCGCCUUAAGGAACUCUUUGGCAAGUUUGGACCUGCCUUAAGUGUGAAAGUAAUGACGGAUGAAAAUGGAAAAUCCAAAGGUUUUGGAUUUGUAAGCUUCGAAAGGCAUGAAGAUGCUCAGAAGGCUGUGGAUGAGAUGAAUGGAAAGGAGCUCAAUGGCAAACAGAUUUAUGUUGGUCGGGCUCAGAAAAAAGUGGAGCGCCAGACAGAACUUAAGCGCAAAUUUGAACAGAUGAAGCAAGAUCGGAUCACCAGAUACCAGGGUGUUAACCUUUAUGUGAAAAAUCUUGAUGAUGAACGUCUUCGGAAAGAGUUUUCUCCAUUUGGUACAAUCACUAGUGCAAAGGUGAUGAUGGAGGGUGGUCGCAGCAAAGGGUUUGGUUUUGUAUGUUUCUCAUCCCCAGAAGAAGCCACUAAAGCAGUCACAGAAAUGAAUGGUAGGAUUGUGGCCACCAAGCCAUUGUAUGUAGCUUUAGCUCAGCGCAAAGAAGAGCGCCAGGCCCACCUUACUAACCAGUAUAUGCAGAGAAUGGCAAGUGUGCGAGCAAUUUCCUUCCAUUCAGCAGGUAACAGUUCUCCUCCAUCUCGGACUGCCUCAAGACAAGAGAGGGUGUAG